UGAGCAUGAUCUGCAAUGGCUGCCUAAAGAGCUGCCCCCUGGUGUGAAGAUGCUGCUGUCGACAUUGCCAGGGCGUGCCCUGCAAGCAGUUCAGAAUGCUGGUUUACCCAGUCUCCAUGUGAAACCACUCCAGAAGGAAGAGAAGGGAGAAAUCAUUGUAGGCUACCUGACUAAUUUCUACGGCAAGACACUGAAGCAGGAGUUGACGCAGUUGAUCAUUGAUGCGGAACCCACCAAUAACGCUCUCUACUUGAGAUCUCUGCUGGAUGAGGUCCGUCUAUUUGGCAGUUUUGAGCAGCUGGGCAACAAGGUUCGAGAGUAUCUGACUGCAGGGACACCUGGUGAUUUGUUUGCAAAAAUACUGGCGAGACUGGAGGGCGAUUUUGAGGACGAGAGCAGGCCUGGGUUGGUAAAGGACACCACUGCUGCCAUCUGGUGUUCUCACAAAGGAAUGUCUGAGGGAGAACUCCGGGACCUGCUGGAUGUGCCGCCAGCAGUCUGGUCGCCAUUUUAUCUCUCUCUGGAGGACAAUCUGGUGAACAGAAAUGGAAUUCUCAACUUCUUCCACGACCAUCUUCGUCAGGCUGUGGAGAGUAAAUAUCUCCCCACUGAGGAGGAGAAGUUGAAAGGUUACAAGACACUGGCCGAGUUCUUUGAGAAAAGAGAACUGGAUGGCAGGAAGGUCGAGGAGUUGCCUUUCUUACAAAGUAAAGCUGGUGAACUUGAAAAGCUGCAAGCAACAAUCAGUGACUUGAAUAUCUUCAAGAGAUUGGUGGAGAGUGAAGAUGGCAAGUUUGACCUCAUCAAAUAUUGGACAAAGGUGGGUGGUUACAGUAAGGCAGAGGAGGCGUACACAGCGGCCCUGGACAGUUACCCUGCAGACCAGAGAGACACAGUGGAGUAUCAUGCACUACAGGUCAACCUGGCUGACUUCUACAUGGAUACUGGGCUACUGAGUGCUGCCAGAGUGAUGCUAGAGAAGGUCCUGGCUAAGGCAGAGGAGAAGUACAUUCACAGUCAUGGCACUGUGGUCUACAACUUCAAAUGUCACUCCUGGAGACACAAGUCCAACCACCCAGACGUCAUUGAUUUGCUCCAGAAACUUGGCACAGUGUGUCACAAGCAGAGUGUGCUCAGGGAGGCAGAGUUAUACUUCAACGAUGCCAUUGCCAGACAAAACAGGAUAAUUACACCUUCACAGAAACUCAAGUUGACAGAAGGUCUGCUGGGCCUGGCUGCUGUUAAGGUAUCCAAAGAUGAAGCCAUUCAAGCGAAGAGAAUCCUGAUCAGAGCUCGGGAGUUGGCCACUGAGGUGUUAGGAUCCAGACAUCAUUAUGUCUCCGCCAUCAUUAACAAGAUUGGCCAGUUAACCUACAAGCAGGGCAGACUGGAGGAGAGCCUUGGGUACUUCCUCCAGGACCUGAAGUUGACCCGUGGGGAGGUGGGGACAGCACACCCCAGGGUGGCAGGAAUACUGAAUGACAUUGCGCUGGUCUAUGAUGACGGCAACGACCCACUGGCGGAGGAGCUGUAUGAGGCAGCAUUGGCCGUGCUUGUGGAAACCUACGGCCCUGAGCACCUGGAUGUGGCCAUAGUGAGGUACAAUCUUGGAGCAGUGUACUUUGCAACCAACCAUUUUGCCAAGGCUAAGUACCAGUUUGAGCACUGUGCAGCCACAUUUAAAGCCUUCCUUGGAGAAGACCACGUCCAGACUAAGGAUGCCCUCAGUGCUCUGAAUGAUGUCAAGGGAUUGGUCAAAUAAUAGGAUAACUUUUGUGUUUAAGAUACAGAAACAUUUGAGACAUGAA